CACUGACACCCACAACCACACCCAGGGAGAGAGAGACAGGGGAAAGGGAUUUAUCGUUUUCCACCUCGUGAAAUUCCGACGUCGCGACACAGGAGAAGACGGUCCGCCCUUCGCCUUCUGACCCACGCCGGUGAGAAGCCAUGGGUUUCGGCGACGCCUCGCUUCCUCCUCCUAGACCGUCGAUCGGAUCGUGAUCCCAGUUCCCAGCCCAGGGGCGAGGAUGAAGGUGGGCUCUUUGUGGAAGUCUCUUCUGUGCACAGGGAAACGGAGGGUCUCGGAAGCUGACCCAGGCAGGGAGGCGGCCGACGACCUGCGACGGGAGGCCAAGAAGAAGAGCAUGAUCCUGCGCUCCUCCGGCUCACUGCCGAGUCCCUGCUCCAGGUCCAGCGCCUUCGCCUCCGUCUUCUCCCAGAGAGGGGAGAAGGGGAUGAACCAAGAUUGCUGCCUCGUUUGGCAGGAAUUCGGAUGCCAAGAGGACAUGGCGUUCUGCGGAGUGUUCGACGGCCAUGGGCCUUGGGGGUACCAUGUGGCCAGCGCGGUGCGGAGGGCGCUUCCUUCUUCCCUACUCUGCAACUGGCAGGAGGCUCUCGCGAAGGUCGAUGACGAAAAACUCUGCCAUUUUGACCUGUGGAACCGCUCCUUUCUCCUAGCCUGCGACGCAGUCGAUAAGGAGCUGCAACUGGAUCGCACGCUCUCCUUCCACAGCGGCACAACCGCGCUCACGAUCGUCAAACAGGGGAACCUUAUUGUGAUAGCAAACGUCGGCGAUUCUCGCGCCGUACUGGCAACAGUGAACGAGAACGGAGGAUUGUCUCCCGUCCAACUCAGCGUCGAUCUUAAGCCAAACUUACCUCAGGAGCUCGAGCGAAUCACUCAGCGCAGAGGUCGCGUCCACUGCUGCGCGGAUGAACCGGGCGUCCACAGAGUAUGGCUGCCGACUGAGGAAGCGCCGGGACUCGCAAUGUCAAGAGCCUUCGGCGACUACUGCGUCAAAGAUUUUGGUGUAAUCUCCGAGCCUCAAGUGACACAGAGGAUCAUAACCAACAAAGAUCGAUUCGUGGUGCUGGCCACCGACGGGGUAAUCCAAACGCACGCAGUUUGGGAUGUCAUCUCCAACGAAGAAGCAAUACGCAUCGUGUCCGCGAGCAAGGACCCGAGAAGGUCUGCUAAGAGGCUAGUGGGGUGCGCCGUUCGUGCUUGGAGACGUAAGAGAAGAGGGUAUGCGGUCGAUGACUGCUCUGCAAUAUGUCUCUUCUUGCAUCCUUAAUGUGCGUGGGGCACAUGAUUCAGAUAACCACACGAGUUAUGUGGACUCAUGAUUCAUCCAUCAUUCAUCAUUUGAGCCUUCAA